AAGUAGUCUACUCGAUGUACCAGACAAGCAACCCCCCCUCUCGCCAUUGAUCGUCUGGUGACGACGACGACGACGACGUAGCAGAGCGGAGAGCAAGACAACAGCAACGUCCGAGCGAAUAAGUCCUUGGAAUCCCUAAGCCUCUCUCCUCCUCUUCCGGAUUGACAAGCAAGCAAACUCAGCAUGGCAGCAGCCGAUACUAAAGUCGCAGCCCCUCCAGCCUCUGCUGCGCCUUCCUCCUCCUCUCGCUCCUCCUCCUCCUCUACCAGCUCUCCUCAACCCCCUUCAGACCUCGCUGCCCCUACAUCGGAAAAGUCUCUUCCUACGCACGACCCCACUCUGAAACCAGCAGCUAGCAUCCUCGCCAAUCCACACGAAGCUCCCCCUCCUGCUAGCAGUAAGAAAGCUUCUGCCCUCAAGGCUGCUUUUAUCCCUGCUCAACCUGGUCGACUUCUCAAGAAAAAGUCGGGAGUGGCACUAGGGAAGAGUUUCCAGAGGACCGUGCCGCUGCCUGGGGGUGUGAAGCAUGAAGGAGGAGAGGUCCUCGAGGUGGAUCCUAGAGGCACAGAGGCUUCUACGGGGGACGGAGUGGUGUUGCCUGGCGUGAGCCCCUUUAGCAGCGGCAGCAGCAGAUCUUCAUCGGGAACGCAAAGUAGCGAGGCGCUUGACUUCCCCAGCUCUGCCUCGGACAGAUCACGCCAGGGGUCCAUCGACUCCUCUGCCAUUGCAGACGAUGAUGAUGAUGACGAUGGGAUCUCCCUCGGUCAAUCUUCUUCUGCUGGCGACCAAUCCUCCCGUGGUCGCGGCAGGACUCGAACAGAUACAGAGUCCACAAGGAACUCUUCCGUCUCCACAACGAGUUCCUCACACUCAUGCGCAAUCCGAUUUGCUCCUUUGCCGGUCAGUGGGAGACUGAAGAGGUCCACCUCCAUCACGAUUGGUGUGGCAGCGCGGAGUCAGAUGCUCCAGUCGCAGGGCUCGGGCAGGGGCGGUGGGUUCAACGGGCCCGGCGGACCAAAUAGGAGUGCAGCGGCCGCCGCUGCUGCUUCUCAGCAGAUGGGUCGCCAGCAAUUCCACGGUGGCAAUGCCGCCUCUUCUGGAACCGGCAAUGGAGGAUACUAUGGCGGCGGUUCUCAACAGGCGAAUGAUGUGAUUGAUCUGGGCGAGGAGAUCUCGAAGAAGGCCAAAAGCGCGUGGAAGAAGAUGCUGGGCUCGGGAGGAUACGACAAGCCUUCGAGCGCUUCUGCAGCAGCACCCACUGCUCCACCACGCAAGACGUCUGCGACGUCCGCAAGAAAGACGUCGACGUCAAAUCAGCAGCAGGCAAAGCCUACAGGCGACAAGGCGGCUGCUUCGGAAGGCAGCACGCCCGUUGCGACUCCGGGGGUGGCCAGCGACUCAAAUCAGCCGGCCGGCAGUAGCGGUACAGGCGAUCAGACGCCACGUCGGCCUGCCUCGCCAUUGCAAGCGCGCUCUUCCCUCUCCCAGGACGACAUUUCCUCUCCGUCCUCUGCCGACGAUGCCAAUUCGUCCUCUGCUCCUCACCCCUAUUCGCACCUCGCACAAGGCUCCCAUCAGGACCACUUCCCGGGUGUCGCCCAGCAUCAUCUUCAUCCCGAAGGUCACGCUCAACACGCCGAUGGAGCUGAAGGCGAAGGAGCUCAAACUCCCCGAGCAGCAAUGCAACGUCGUCUCUCCACGGGAGCCUUCUUAGGUGGACUCAGUCUGAGACAUAUGCAGCAGGAUCGACGGAGAGAAUUUGGAGGACAUGAAGAAGAGGAUCGAGAGGCCGAGGAGGCACAGGCGCAGGAGAGGGAGAGGGAGCAGUAUGAGUAUGAGCAUGAGCAUCAGCAUCACCAUCAGGACUCUAUGGGCUCUGCAGAUCCAAAUGGCUACGCUUCUUCUGAGCGACACCCCCACCACACGGGCAAUCUCGUCACCCCGAUGCACAAUCCCGAAAAGGACGAGUUCCACGAUGCGCCCGAUGGUGUCCCUAGCGAUACAGUGUCAAAUGCAAACAACGAAGAAGAGGAAGGGGAAGACGAGGAGGAGGAGCUACGAGAGGCGGAAAGACUUGCAGAAGAUAGUUCUCGCCGUGGGGCUAAAGGUGCAGGAGUUGAAGUUGUACAUCACUCUUGAGUCGCUUGGAGAUAGGUAGGUAGGUAGGUAGGUGGUGGGCUGCUGGUCUAGGCUGGCUUGGAAAGGAGCUAGGAGGAGGAGGAGGGACGAGGAUCCAUGCUAGCGGGGCACGAGUAACUUGGCACUGCUUAUGCUCACGAUCAAACAUGAUGAGAUGAGAUGAGAUGAGAUGAGAUGGGAUGAGAUGAGAUGAGAUGAGAGGAAAAUCGCAUCGUCUUUAUUCGCACCAGCAUCGACAUCGAGGCGUGACUAUAUACAUCUACUAUCUAUCUGUCUAUGGAUCUGUUACCCAUCUAUCGAACACUUAUCUAACGAGCACACCCAUAUACCAUCUUCCUAUCAGUCGUCCAC